GCAGACAUAUAAUUGCAAACAAGGGAUUUCAGGUUACACAUUUCUACGCGGCAUAUGCAAGCUCUGGAUGUUUAAAAUCCUUAUGAGAUACAUGGAUAAUAUAACUGUCAAUGAUAGGCACAGCUAUGCAGAUUUAGGAGCCAUCCCAUUUUUGCAUGCACUUUUGCAUAAGCAGGUAGGAAGGUACAUUAUAUUUAAAAAAAAAAUCUUGCUUGGGACAGGAACAGAGUCAGCUGAACAUUUUCUACAAUUUAGCACUGAGUUGAACAGCAUGAAAGAUGCAAUAUAUCUGCCUGAAUGGAGCAGACAGAAAGAGAAUCCUGGAUAUAUUCUACAUUCCAACAUGGGAUAGACCAACAGACAUCAGAUGAGGUUGUGUUUCAAUCCUGCGUGGGACAUAUAGAUGCAGGCUCAGAAUCUUCCAUAGCCCUGCAUAGAACAGAGGGAUGCAGGCUAAAAGGGUACCACCCAUAUGCAUGUAAAAUACACAGUUCAGACAGGUGUGGAUUUCUGCAAGGUGCCAGUACAUUGCACAGAGCAGAUUCAGAUGAGAUGAAGAGUAUAUUUUAGCAGGAAAAAUAAUUGUAUAAGAGCAUUCAAAAAAGGUCAAAAAGGACAAACAUAAUCCAAGCAAAAACAGAACAUGAACUACUUUCUACUGGUUACCUUUAUUUUGAGUGUCCUUCAGGCCACAGACUGCCAGAGAAUUACAAGCCUCACUGCCUGUCUGAUGAGACCUGGUCCAAAGCUACGGAUAGAUUGUCGUUACCUAAACACCACAAACAACCCAAUGCGCUAUGAAUUCAAAGUAAACCGAGGUGGAGAGCCACAGAUCAUCCUCAGUACCAUUAACGUCAACUUUUUCAGCGACAAGUACCAUAACAGGGCAAGCCCUUCCAUCACCCGUGGCCUAGUUCAGCUGCACCUUGAGCGUUUCAAUGCUUCAGAUGCUGGGUUGUAUACCUGCAAUUUGUUUAUCCCUAACGAUCUAACGAUUAAUCAGACAGCCUCUAUCGGAGUCCAAAAGGACAAACUGGAGACCUGUGGCGGAGUCAGUCUUUUUAACCAUGGCUCUUCUUGGCCAUUUGCCUUCCUACUUUCACUUCAUUUACUCCUCGCUGGAGGUUUUGUGUCUUUCUAGCAACAUUUUGAUACUAGUAUGAAGCCCUCUGGCAGCACGACUAGACCACAAGAAGGGAACCCUGUGCCAAAGCAUGGAGUCCACACCUUCCCCUGUCCCAUGUCAUUUGUUAAGAACCUGUCCCUGGAUUUUAUCAAUAAAAAUAUGGACAAAUCACAGUUCAUAGGAUGCAUUCCAACAAACAAUCAAAUUCUUGCAAAUCUGCCACUUUCUCAGGGUGAGAGGUCAUUUUACAAGUUCCUGAGUGUUACACGCGUUAUUUAUAUUCAAUAGAACAAAAAUACCACUAUCUACCAAUAUGCCUCCAAUCAACUUUCCUGGGAUAUUUCAUCUAAUGGUUAAUAUGCAAAACCUAGAGCAGAUAAUGCAGGUCUAUUAAUUUCACACAAUAAUGGAAAAAUGCAGUAAUAUGUUUGCUUUAUAAAACAUCUCAUCCAUCUUUCACCCAUAUUGCAAUUCUCCCACUAUUCCCACAUAUCUUCUCUCUAUCCCUUACAUAUAUUGUCCCAUUGCCAGCUAGCAUAGUUUCCCCAAUUGGCCCUGCAGCUUUGAUCCUAUUCCACACUUACUCUAUGUUAUCAUCUUCAUCAUCUCCCAGUGCUAUAACGACACUUCUCUCUCCUUUAUCUAUGUUUAUGUUUCUUCCUCACAUUUUACUCUCAAGACCUUGAACUCCCCAAUUUCAUGUUUUACCAGACUCAAAAGACUAGACUACUCAUAUAUUUUAUACAUAAAAUACUGUAUGCUUUUUUUAUCAUUUUACUUUACAACAAAAUUCUAGUUUAUAAUGUCAUCAUGUUAUCAUAUUACCAUGUUAUCAUAUUAGAUGUUUGUAUAGCAAAAAUUCAGACUAUUCUUGGACAUUCAUUAUGUGUUUUUUAAUUCCUUAUCUCCUUAUUUUGGUGUGUCAUGGGGAUACUUGCUUUCUAAAGCUACUUUUACAUAUUUUUCCUGUUUGUGUAGGUGUAAAGGUGUAGGCACAACAGACCCUGUUGUUUCUGGAGGGCUAAGGAGUAUUAAGGGUUCAUUGGGGACAUCACUUCUGUGUACUUUCUAAAAAUAUUGGUGAUGAGAGAUGUGAAGUUAGAAUGGUAAGAUUUGUGGUGUGCUGAAAACCAAAGUCUUUCUGAUUUCUAGUCCAAAUGCUAAAGAAAAGUACUUGUCAGGUCAAUUUGCUGCCACGUGUCAGUGGCACAACACCACUAAUUUUUAAAUAUUCUCCUUUAACCUGUUCUUUAUUCCUACUUGCUCCUUCUUACAGUAAGGUGUUGUCUGUUCUAGUGUGAGGUUGGUGUCAGCAUUUGUCAUAAUAGUCAUUAUUUGUAGCAUACACAAAAUAUCUUCACACACAGGAAAUAUACAAUUUGUAUUAGUGCCUAAAGAGAACAAUUUAAUUUCUCUUUGAUGAAUGUCAGCUAGAAAUAAAUGUUUUGUUUGAGAAGUGACUACAAUAAAGUCUCAAUCUGUGUUUACGUGAAAUUGUAGAAGAAAAGCUGUGACAUGUUUCGUUUAAUAAUUUAGUCAAUAUGACAUGUUGAAAUAAUCUCAUUUUAUAUCACCCCCCUGUGCCAGAACUGGGAUAUGCUGAUCCAGGUCACUUAUUGACUUAUUUAAACACCUGGAAGUAAGGGAUUUCCAACAGAUGAUCAACAAUUACUGUCUGCAGAUAUUUAGGUAUUGGAUACUACUUGGAUUGCUACCUGGUUGGUAUUUUACUGGGUCUGAACAAAAAAAGGAGAUUUGGUGAGACUUGGUUUACAUGAAUAAAACAUUUUAGUGGUUAUUAGUCAUUGGAAUCAAAAAUAGAACUAUUUGUCCCUUCUGUGCCCUGCUGGUUUUGUCUCUUAAGACAUGCUUCACUGAUUUAAAAGUCAGAACCACCAGCCCAAAGAAUAAAUAGGAAAGACAGAUACUGCUUUCAGUAGUAGGUAUAUUUACAAAUAACUUUAAAACCAUUACAAAAGGAUACGUAUAUCGGACAAUUGUUUAUAAUUGCAAUUUUAUUUUAAAAUUUACAUUUUAUUUUGGUUUAUAUUCCCUUUAACAGGGAGAAAACAGGAAGAGGAAAGGCAAUUUAAAUUUUUUUAAUGGUCGCACUCUUAGUUACUGGUGUAAACUUGUGUCCCAAUUGGUAAAAAUCGGGCAGUAAUGUGAUUGCCCCACUGACAACCAUAAAGGGCCUUAAGCACAAUUACACUCCCACAGUUUUACCUGCAGUCAUUUGCACGUUAGUCACUGUUCAAUAAAAGUACUUGAG